AUGACCGGGCCUAGAGCUGUCUGUGAAUCAAUCUCUCCUCAUCGUUUCGCCGGUGAUUUAGUGCUCUUUUCAACUUCGGUCAAGCUCGUUUAUUCGCAGUCUACAUUGUUUUUCAUCGAAGACAAGCUUCGUCAAAACUACGAUGCCACCCCAUACCAGCCUACCCAGUCCAGCGCCUUCAGCCAGGACUAUUCCACAGUUCAAUCCUAUACCAGCAGUCAAACCCAGCCAGCCGCCUCCGACUUAACGUCCAGUACGGGCUACAAUGCGGGCUACGAUACGACCUACUCUGCCGAGCCGGCCUAUAAAAGUCAGGCUUACAGUAUGCCUGUUGACACUACAUAUGCGGCAAACCGCGACCCAGGUACAGCUUAUGGUGCACAUUCUAGUCACGAAAAAGGCAAGGCGGUUGACCGAGCCCCAGCUCCGACACAAGGAGGCCAAAGCAGCUGGCUUCCUGACACUGCAGGCGUUACUACCCAGAUGUAUGGAGAGCCAGAGGAUAUGGCAUUGGAUACAACUCCAUUCUAUUCAGAAGAUCAUUAUGCUGGAAAUCGGCGAGGCUCAGGUUCCGGCUCCGGGAGUUUCGGUUCAUCCAAGCCCGUCCAGUAUGAUUACACGGAAUCGAUGGAUAAAGUGUCAGUUCGCUGUUCAUAUAAAGUACCAGUUGUUGAUCCUUCAUACCCAAGUAUCGGAUGGCAGUGGUACCCAGCGCGAAUGCAACGCUAUCGCUGCAGGAAGACGACGUUGUGUAACUCACGAUGCUCUUGA